CUCUUUUACUCUGGCCAAGUCCCUCUUGGGUGAAGUGGCAUUAUUCCACAUGGCCAUUUGGCUUUGGGUUAUUUGUGACGCAUCUCGCUGACCCCAGUCGCGUGCGCACCACAUAAACGGGAUGCUCGCCAGAUAAGCAUGGUAGACAGUCUGAAUUCCAUCAAAUUCGCCCUCACGACCGAUCGCGAUCCACUUAAGCAACUUGCGAAAAUUGACCUGAGAAUCCCAAUCACAAUGUCCACCUACGGCUCUGGCCCCGGCUACGGCAACAAAACAGCCGGCAACAACCACGUCGGCGACACGGAGACGGCGCCACACUUCGGCUCCGCCGGCGACAGCGCGCCCUACAGCGGCAGCAACGAGUCCGGCUCCGGCACGACGGGCGGCGCCGGCGUGGGCAACAAGACGGGCUCGCACGAGGGCCGUCAGAGGCGCGACUCGACAAUAGGCAAGAUGAUGGAGAAAGCCGGCAGCAUGCUGCACAGCCCCAAGAUCGAGCAAAAAGGCCACGCGAAGCGCGAGGCCGCGGGGCACUACUUCGCCGGCGCCACGACGGGCAAUGGCCACGAGGAGCAUCAGCAUGUCGGCGGCUCCGUCGGCGGCGGCAGCAGCGGCGACGACGAAAUGUACAGCCCUGCCACUGGCGACAGGGUGAGGCCGAAGGCCGGAGGCGGCCAUGGCGCGGACCAGCAUGAGGGCAUGCAUGGCGCUGUUGGCGGUGGUGCCGUUGGCGGUGGCACGGUUGGUGGUACUGCUGCUGCUGCUGCGCGGGAUGUCAGCCCGAUGGAUACGUCGGCCGCCGCUGCCGACCAGGUGCCGGGUGAUCAGUAUGGCUCGAGUGAGCGGACGGGGUAUGGCCGCGAUACCAGCUACGAGACUGGCAGGGACAACUAUUGAGGGUUAGCCUGGUAGGCAGGCAGAUAGGUAGGUGAGUGCGUGGG